CUUUUUAUUAUUUAUCAAUAAGUGAAGCAGCAUUGUUAAAUAAUGAGACUUUCUUAGAUAUUCAUAAAGUUGAUAAAAAAUUUAUUGAACAAGUUCAAACAUUUCAGAAAUAUGUCUCUGAAAUUGAUAACUCCCAACCUUCAAUUGAUAAAUGCAUUUAUGUUGACGAUGAUAUAAUUACAUUUGAUCAAUAUAUUGAGUAUUGA